ACCAUUACUACCCCCUGCAAGCUACCGGAACCGAAGCGACACAGCGAGAACCCAGAAGACAGAACGCCCAAUCGCACCCGAAGAGCAUUAAGAAUCUCUGCUACUCGUCGUCUCCAGAUGUCUUUGUAUAUUGGUAAUCUAUCACCUCGGACUCGGAGGGAUGAUCUUGAACGUGUCUUCGGUAGGUUUGGGCGCUGUAAUGUACGGAUGAAAGAUGGAUAUGGGUUUGCGGUAUAUGUCUUCCCUCCAGACGCAGAGAAAGCUCUAAGAGCCUUGCAGGGCAGAAACAUCUGUGGACAGCCAUUGUCGUUAACAUGGUCAAAUAAACAGCCUCGAGCAUUUAAAAGAUUUGCGAGGGAUGAUAGAUCAUAUGAGCCUCUACGUAGAAGGUUUUCUGCCAGAGGAGGAGAUUAUGUUAAUAGAAACUUUGUUUCAGAUGGUAACCGAGAUUACAAGAUGGGUACUAAGCAACCUGAUAGAGAUGGGGGGAGGCUUAGUUAUGAAGAGAGAAGUGACAAUCUGGAUCAAAUCAAAGAUAAUAUCGAGGAAGAGAAUAACAAAGAGAAUCAUGAUAGGGAGGAUCUGCAGAAAGAAGCACACGGUUUUGGGGGGCAUUUACUAGAUGAAGGUGGUAGUGUUGAACAAAACCUGGUGGAAAAUGGUAGAUGGGGUGAACAAGUUCGUGAUCUGUCAAACGACAGUGGUGGUGACAGCAGAAAGGAGUAUGAGGAUGACCAAUAUGAUGCUUACCAAGGUUAUUAUAAGAAAGAGGAAGAUGAGGGUCAUCAUAGGGCGAGUUCUAAUGAUUCUCCUCUGCAGCAGAGUUACCAAGAGAAAAAAGGAAGGGAGAAUUCCGGUGAAGUAACCUUGAGCCAUCAUCGUGACUCAAAAUUCAAGCAAAUUUGCUACAGUUGUGGUGGGCUAGGACACAAAUCCCGUAGUUGUUCCUUUGGAUAUACUUCACGAAGAAACUUAGCCAAGCAUGAUCCUGUUUUCAUCAAUGACAGCAAAAGAGAUGUUAGAGGCCAAAGUGAACACCAAAAAAUCAGAUCCACAACAAGUAGAAAGCGGCAGACCAGCGAGGACACUGUAAGGAGGAGGGAACUCAGAGAUGGUAGGAAAGUGUCUGGUUCUAGAAAGCGUCCAAAGUUGACCAGAAGUGGAAGCUCUCCCAUGGCAAAGGAGACUGAUAAGGCUCCAAAAGAGGAUCAUGGGAAAAAGAAAUAUGGUAGAAAUAGGACAAAGAAUACAAAAAGGUCAGUUUCUUCCUCUCUUCAUUCGGAUUACACUUCCUCCAAAUCACAAUCAGCGUCUCUUUCCUCUAAACGUAAUCGAAGACCUCAUUCCCGUUCUAGGUCAAGAUCAGUAUCUUCUAGAAUACAAUCAUUAACUCCUGACUCAAAAUCCUCUUCAACGUCUCACCUUUCUAGAUCAAAAGGUUUUAGUUCCAGGUCAAGAUCAAGUUCUCCUGCAUCUUUGUCCUUGUCUGUUUCACUUCACCAACCUUUACCAGCCUAUCCAAAUGAGGGGAAAUCAAAUCUGAGAGGUUCUGUGGGUAAAGGUGCUACUCCAAAAUCCACAAAAGAGCUUAUCAAACAGGAACAACUGGUGGAUGUUGGAGCCGAUUUAGAGGGUGCUGAACCAGAAAAUAUGAUGGUGGCAGUUAAUGAAAAUGGAGUAUCAUCAUCCAAAUUGGGGAAUGAAAUCGUUGAAGACCAGACUCUACAGAGGGAUAAUGAUGAUGCUGGAAAAAAUUUCAAAGCACCGGAUGAAAGAACAAAUCUAGACUCCACAAUGUCAGAGAAAGGCACUCUCAUUGCUACUGUGAGCUCCUCUCUUGAGAGCUGGAAGGAGGCAAAGGAAAAUCAAGCUUCUGACCCGAUGCAUAUGCCGAAGGAAAUGGAAAAGCUUGAUUUUGAUUCCCCUUGCAUUUCCCACUCUAAAUGUCCGACAAGCAUUUCUCCAGAGGAGCUGAACUUGGUUCUGAAGCAUUAUGGCCUGAAAGGCACAAAUGAAAGCGAAAGGCAAUUACCUGUUGAGGAUUACUAUGGUUCUUCUCGCUUGUGGCCUUGGGAAAUAAUUUAUUAUCGGAGACUGAAAAAGGGUCCUAUUUCAACUGAGAACUAUUCAAGAAGGCUUGCUCAGAAUAGAGAAUUUGGUAUCACUGACAAAUAUAUCAGAAGCAGUAGUGGCUGGUAUGAAUUCGGCCAAGACAACCUUGAAAGCUGUUCGGACAUGGUGCCAACUAACUUUUGUCCUUCCAGAACCUGAGAGGAGCCAUUUUGCUUUUGUUCCUGCUUCUUGUUGACAUGCAACAUUUCUUGUGUAUUUCCAGCAAGAAUUUCUGAAGAGGUAAAUUUGCAGAAUUUAUUUCAUAUGUUAUUCCCCGUCUUACUGACAGUGUUUAACCAAUAUGACUAUAUGAGUUAUGUUGAAUUUGCUUAUUGAACCAUGCAUUGGAUGUUGAGCAGUACAUAUUCUGGAAGAUUAAUCCCUAAGAAGGAUAUAUUGUCAUGAC